AUGUUUUACUUCUCAUCGGAUAAUUGGCUCGGACUUCACUAUUUCUUUCAAAUAUCCUUAACAUCUGAUCCACUAUAUCCAUACCGGGCCAAACUGGAACCGGACAACAAAUUACAAUACGAUGAGGGAGAAGAAGUUAGCUACCAGUGCACUGACUUUGUGGCACCCAUUAGAACCAGAAAGUGUGAAAGAGGCCGUUGGACUGGGGAAGUGCCCCGAUGUGGUGAUUUUAUAACUAAUAUACUUAUGAAAGAUUCAAAACUAGAGGAUAUAACAGAUCCCGACAGACCAGUGCUAAAGUUUGAGUACUUGGAUAUGGUUAUCAACAACAGAUCCUGGAAAUAUCCAAAUGUUUUUACAUCAAAUCGAUUCAAAAAAGCCAGACUUCGGGUAAAUGAUACGAAAAAAUAUAAAUGGAGUUUUAGGUUUACGGGUCCAGAGAUGAAACUGUUUGUACGAAUUAACUUCAAUUUUAUUAACUAUACUCUUCUACCUCAACAUCUUAAGGAUAGUUUUAUAUUCAAUGUAACGAUGUUUGUAAGUCAUGAUAGACAAUGUCAGCUCACAAAUCAAAACGGAGAUAAAUGGAGAGAAAAUGGACUUAAAAUCGAAAGUGACUUUAUUUGUGACACCAUAUCUGAAGAGGCGUACAAACGGGAUAUUGAAAAUCCCGGCGAUUAUAUGGUUAUGAAAACACAGUCAUCACUGGAUAUACCGCAUGAGUUAAUUGCAGUGUUUUUGGGUAAGUCUUACGGCAGUGAAGAGGAACCACUUUGUGGGGAACCGGAGAUAUUUAUCAGUCAAUACUCAAGAUUUAAUGUUCAGUUCAGAGAUUAUACAAUUGGUUGUAGAAAUGAUAAAUAUUUAUAUGUUUCCGUUUCUAAUGCAAAUCUACCGGAGACUGCAAUCCAUAGUCUUAAAUGCAUAAAUGAUAUGAAAUGGAGCGGUAGUUAUCCGGAAUGCAUUCCUCGUAAGCCAUGUUCUCUGAACAACACAUAUAUAGGUAGUGAAUCUAAUGACACUAUUAUCACAUCACUGGAUGGCCUGUAUUUUUUCAAUGACACCCAAUAUUAUGCCAUUGAAAAUACUGAUAUCAAUUUCGGCUGCAAAUAUCCCAGUUCUGAUGUAUUGGUUGGUAAAGAAAAACGAAUUUGUCUUAAGACUGGACAAUGGAGUGGAAGUGAUAUCUAUUGCUACGAUCCCAACAAAUCAUCGAAAUUUUCAGUUUGGAUACUAAUCACAAUAUUAUUCGUUGCACUUAUACUAAUCAUAUGUUUGACGGGAGUAUUGUUUUACAUCUAUUCAAAGAAACUGAAGAGUCGAAUCACUCGACAGAUCGCGAAUCAGACCCGAACUGAUAGUGAAAGGUAUGACCCGUACGAUGACAUCGAGUUUCCGCCGAAACAAUUGUAUGAUACAUAUGAUGUGGUCGGUGAAGGUGGAGAUGGAGAGGUUAGAUAUGCUGAUCCUUAUUAUGACCCAAAUAACGAUUAUGUGGUAAUGCCUUCAAAUGUUCAAAUUCAGUCAAGUAAUGAUUACUGGAGACUACCUGUUUCAGAGCCGACAUAUCUUGAAAUGACUAAUUCAUCGGUUAAGUCAUCUCCGUGUACAACAAAAACUCAUAAAAACAGUGAUCAACAGAUAUACACAUAUGAACUAUAA